AUGAGUCAAACUGCUGUUACACAAAGACCAAUCCUAGAGAUUGCGUGUUUCAAUCAGGAAUCGGCCGUGGUUGCUGCGAGAGCAGGAGCUGACCGCAUCGAGUUAUGCAAGGACUACCAUCUCGGUGGACUAUCGGCCGACGCAGAGAUUCUCGAAAAUCUGAAAUCACAGCUCACAAUACCAAUAUAUGCGAUGAUUCGACCACACGCGGAAGGCUUCUGCUACGAAGAACUCGACUUUGAGGUGAUGAAACGAACGCUCAAUUCUCUCAAGUCCUACGGGGCUGACGGUUUCGUCUUCGGGAUUUUGAAUCGAUCCCCACAAAAGCCUCGUGAUCCGAAUGUGUCGUGGGUCGAUGUAUCCCGUAACAAGCAGCUUGUCCAACUAGCUGAGGGGCGACCCUGCACAUUUCAUCGCGCGUUUGAUCUCAUUCCCGAAUCCCACUGGGAGAACGCAUUGGCCGACAUCAUGGAGUGUGGGUUUGCAUCGAUUUUAACCAACGGUGGUGCUUCGGGGACUACAGCAACGGAAUGUGUUGAUAAGCUGCAAACUCUAGUACGUUAUAAAACGCAACUACAGGGGGGAAGAAAACUUCAAAGCAACAGAGUUCCAGAAAUUAUUGUUGGAGGUGGUGUGAGGGCAUCAAACAUAGGCUUGCUCCGCGACGUCACCGGUGCCUCGGUCUUCCAUUCCGCUGCUCUUCUAGCCUCGGACGAGGUGACAUGUGCAAAUGAAGUGUUUAAGAUGAAAGAUAAGAUAGCUCGGGCAUGGGAGGUAGAUGGAAAGGCGCAAUAA